GACACGUUAUGCUUUACAGUUUCGCCGACGGCUGUUAAGUUAGCUCUCAUGUUAGCUUACUAACUUACCCACAGUGUCGCAGCCGCCCGUAGUUAACGUUAGCUUAGCAGCGCGUUGUUUACUCUCUUACAAACAAACCUAACUCAGAAAUUAAGUUAUGUUCAGACGAAGACGCGAGUGUCCUGUUGACCCUGGCUGUCCCAGAUCCUCCUGUCCUCCCGUGUGGCAGUGAAAUACAGGAGACUGACGGGUUUUAAGGUUUUGGCUAAGCUUGAGUUUGCCGCCUUCACGUGGAUGACGCGGUGGUCGACCGAUAUUUGAGUUUUCAUGGCCGAUACAGGUCACGCCGGGAGAGCGAGAUUCGAUAUCGGGGACCAAUAUUUGUAUUCGUACUAACCCAUGUAUGGAGGAGUUACACACGAUGCUGGAUCCAUUUGAUGGCCUAAAGGAUGAAGCUUUCCCUCCCCUCCCACCACCUCACUCCCCGGGCCAGGGAGGACAAGAGGACGGAGACCCUUUUGGAAAUGAGGACGAAGACGGCGAGGUGUCCAAGUUGGCUGAGGUCCCUGCUGCUAAAAGAAAAGGAGUGAGGAGGCCACAGCCCAAGCUAGACUCGCACAGGCUGAUCUCAGAAAGAGGACUUCCAGCUCUGCGAACGCUGUUUGAUGAUGUCCAUUUCAAAGGCAAAGGGCACGAGCCUGAGGACCUGCGCCUGCUGACGCAGAAGAUGGAGAACUGGGCCCACCGCUUAUACCCCAAACUGCAGUUUGAAGAUUUUAUUGACAGAGUGGAGAAGCUCGGCAACAAGAAGGAAGUGCAGACGUGUCUCAAACGGAUUCGACUGGACAUGCCACUGACGCACGAAGAUCAUAUGGGUGAAGAAGAGGCAGCUCCUGAGUCGCAAGUCUUUGAGGAUCCAGAGCCGUUUAGCAGAGCAAUCUUCCCUGAUGACGUGCAAAGGCCGGUCCACUCUACCCCGGCUCCAGCUGCCCCACCCUCCACCUCCCCGGCUGCCCCCUCCCUGACUGAGGAGCAGCGUAAGCGCAUGGAGCUGAACAGACAGCGGGCCCUGGAGAGAAAACUCGCCCGCCAGCAGCAGCAGCAGCAGCAGCAGCAAACAGAUCCUUCAGACUCCCAGACUGUUGACUCGUCCACGUCAGCAGAUGAACCCACAUCCGUCUCCUCUGCCAAUGUCUUAAACAACUCCAAAGAUCAGGAUGUGGAGGUGGAGGAUUUAGACCAGGAGUCAGCCAGCAGCAGCAGCAGCGCACAACAACCUGGCCGGCUUCCACACAAAGACUCUGAACCUUCUGAUGAAUCACCUCAGUGUGAGAAAGAGGAUGAAACCAACCUUGAACCCAGCAACGAGUGUGAGGACGGGGAUUAAGUGCAGCACACACUCGUUGAGUUCAGGAGCUGCUAACUGUACGGCCAAAGUCUUUUGGCAAUGAAUCAAAUUAGUGCACAAGUUGUAUUCUUGUAGUCUACAGAGAGCUAAGCCAACACAAUUCCUGUUCCCCUUGUUCCUGUCUGAAAUACGUAAAAUUAAGCACUGAUCCCACAUCUGUUUCCAUCGAUCUUUUUCAGAUUUUAUCAUUGGCUGCAUUUUAUUUGGUUUCACAAAUUUCAUUUAUUGUUGAAGUGUACUAGCUGUUACUUAAAUAGUCUGUUGAUCCUUAAUAUUAAAAACUAAACAAAUAGCUCUUUUUUUCAUUCAAACAAGCCUGCCUGCAGUUUUUUCAUGUAGUAAAACAAAUCAGUGCAGCAUGAAAAGUCACUGCAGUAACGUCUGUAAAACUGCGCGACCUGAGCUGUGUGUUUUUAUCUUUGAUAAAUCACGCCAUAGUUGGCGUCCUUACCGGUUUUUAAAUGCCAAAUAACAAUAAACAUUUCCUUGUAAAAUUGAAUCUAUACUAAGUAUAACGACACUUCUGUGUUCUCACCCUCACAUACAGUACAGCAUCAGAUGUACACCGAUCAGCCGUAACAGUAGGACGUGAAUAACACUGAUUAUCUCGUUAAAAAGGCAUUUGUCGGUGGGCGGGAUAUAUUUGGCAGCGAGUGAAGAUUUUGUCCUGAAAGUUGAUGUGUUAGAAGUAGGAUUUGAGUGACUGACAAGGGCCAAACUGUGAUGGCUAGACGACCGGGUCAGUACCUAUCAGAAGUGGUCCAAGGAAGAAAAGCCGUGAACCGGCGACAUGUUGGCCUGUGUGGUCCGAUCCAACAGACAGCAGGUCAAAUGUUGUAAUAACUAAAUACUGUACCUGAAAUAAAGGGUUUCAGACUUA